CGGAGGCUGAGCAGGGUUCUACCCGGCUGGGUCCAGGCAGAAGUUUUUCCUCCCCACCUCCGGGUUUGUCCUCAUCAUCGGUCACUCCCAUUCACAGCUUUAAGAUUCUGGAGGCCAAGAAUUUGGCUCCCCCCGGAUCCAUGGUCUGUGGAUACCAAUGUUCCGACUGGAGACGGGGAGCCAGCAAGACCCGGGGCUCCGGGGUCUGCCCAAGGAAGUUGCUCAUGGGAGCAGACCUCUAGAGCAGGAUUUGAGGCCAGGCCAAAGAGAACCCCAGAGAUGAAAGGCCUCCUCCCACUGGCUUGGUUCCUGGCUUGUAGUGUGCCUGCUGUGCAAGGAGGCUUGCUGGACCUAAAAUCAAUGAUCAAGAAGGUGACAGGGAAGAAUGCGCUGACAAACUAUGGCUUCUAUGGCUGUUACUGCGGCUGGGGCGGCCGAGGAACCCCCAAGGAUGGCACCGAUUGGGUCUCACUCUGGUUGCCCAGGCUGGAGUGCAAUGGUGCGAUCUCAGCUCACUGCAUCCUCGACCUUCUGCACUCAGGGAUGGGGUCAGGAGGGCACCCCUCCUACUCGGGAUCUAAGUCUCUUGCACGGGCAGGUGCUGUUGGGUGCAUGACCACUGCUAUGGGCGGCUGGAGGAGAAGAGCUGCAACAUUCGGACACAGUCCUACAAAUACAGAUUCGCGCGGGGCCUGGUCACCUGCGAGCCCGGGCCCUUUUGCCAUGUGCAGCUCUGUGCCUGUGACCGGAAGCUCGUCUACUGCCUCAAGAGAAACCUAUGGAGCUACAACCCACAGUACCAAUACUUUCCCAACAUCCUCUGCUCCUAGGCCUCCCCAGCGAGCUCCUCCCAGACCAAGACUUUUGCUCUGUUUUUCUACAACACAGAGUUCCGACUCUGCCUGGUUCCUGAGAGAGGCUCCUAAGUCACAGACCUCAGUCUUUCUCAAAGCUUGGAGGACCCCCAGGGCCACACUGUACCCUCCAGUGAGUCCUAGGAGAGUGACUCUGGUCAUAGGACUUGGUAGGGUCCCAGGGUCCCUAGGCCUCCACUUCUGAGGGCAGCCCCUCUGGUGCCAAAAGCUCUCCUCCAGCUCCGGGUUGGCCAUGUCUCUUUUCUUCUCUGAAGACAGCAUCCUGACUCCAUUUGGAACACUUUCCUGAGAUGCACUUACUUCUCAGCUUCUGCGAUCAGCUUAUCAUCACCACCACCCUCCAGAGAAUUUUUACACAAGAAGAGCCAAAUUGACUCUCUAAAUCUGGUGUAUGGGUAUUAAAUAAAAUUCAUUCUCAAGGCUAAUAAAAACCACAUUGGCAUUUUCCUCUGCUGUGGGGGAUCGCUAGUGCCUCUUUCUCUGCCGCUGGGGCAAUAAACCCAAAGGUGUCUACAUUAUCUCAGAGACAGAAGGGAAGAUUAGUAAAUGCAGGGUUUUCUGGGAUGAGCUUCAGGCUUUCUCUUGGGUUUAUUUCCUUAAACCUUGGGGUCCUCUCCAGUGUUGGGUCUCAUUCUUCCUCGAUGGGGUCGGGGAAAGAUAACUGGUGAUUAUGCCAGUUUCAGCUUCCAGGCCAGAGAGGGUGGCAUUCAAAUCUCGGUGCUGGCUUCUUCAGCUGUGUGGUCUUGGACCCAUUACUGAACCUCUUUGACUUUCAGUCUCUUUGAGAAAGAAACGGUCUUGUUCCUUGCAAUGUAAAAUGAGACUUCUAAAGCCCACCUUGAUGCUGAUAUGGGGGAUGCUGAGGUUCUAGGAUUUCACACAGCAGGAAUUUUUUUUAAUAGGUGUCAACUGUGGGGUUUAGUUUUUACAAAGUAAGGACAUUAAAAAAACCAACCCAUCUAUCAAUUCAUAAAAGAAUGGACGUUCUGAUACUAAGACUGAAAGAAGAAAGGAUGUAUUCCAAAACAAAGGAAUGUCCUUCCAAGAAAGGACCUAUGGCUUCUUUAUUCCGACAUACCCCAAAAUAACUGCAUGAUAAAUAGGGUCUAUAUUUAAGAAGCUCCAGUGUUGAAUGUUUUCAAAAUAAAAUUUAAUUUUAUGAGA